AUCUCCUGCUGAGGAGUAGCUCAUCUCUCAGGCUGCCCCGCGUGUGCUCCCCCUACUCCAACAAACUCCCCCCUGUAUCCCCGUCAUCCACCCCCUGCCACUCUCCACCACCACCCGGCUCCUUUCGCCCUCGACUCGACCACCACAUCCGCUACAACGAACGUGCUCCGAUAACAUCGCACGCAUCCCAGACACGCCCAGAUAACAUCCUCCAUUCAUACGAUUACAUUCGCCACCUCCUAUAUAGUACAUUAUUUCUAUAACCGCAUUAUUUCCUCCCCCAAUUAUAAGAUCACUCGAAUCCCAGAUCGUUAUCAGCAACACCCUCCACCACCUCACCCACGCAGAGCCACCAUGUCCAAGGUCAAUAUCUCCAACCAUCCUCUGGUCCUCUCAAAGCUUACCCAGCUAAGGCUUCAUGACCUUCCUCCCAAAGACUUUCGUGAGGGGAUCAGAACUAUUGGCUCAAUGCUCAUUUACGAAGCCGCUCGUGAUCUCCCCCUACGAGAUGUGCCCGAUCUUCGAUCCCCUAUCGCUCCCUUCACAGGCCAGACCAUCCCUUUGCGCAUUGGCCUCUCUCCCAUUUUGCGAGCCGGUAUUGGAUUAACCGAUGCUGCGCUUGAAAGCUUCCCUGAAGCCACUGUGCUCCAUCUUGGCCUCUUCCGAGAUAAAGUGUCAUUGCAAGCUAUCGAAUACUAUUCAAAGCUUCCCUCUCAGGUCACCGCCGACCUCGUAUUCCUCCUUGAUCCCUUGAUUGCCACUGGAGGGACUGCUAUCGCUGCCUUGAACAUGCUCACCGAAUGGGGGCUUGAGCAAUCUCAGAUCAAGGUCGUUUCAGUCCUUGGCUCAAAGUUGGGAGUAAAGAAUGUGCAAGAUGAAUUUCCCAAUGUAGAGAUCUAUAUCGCCGCCGUCGAUGACGAGCUUACCGACAAAGGCUACAUCUCUCCCGGACUCGGUGAUGCCGGCGACAAAUUGUUCAACACCUUUGCUCAUUAGGAAUUGCGUAUGAAGAAUAAUACUUAUCGCGAUCAUUUGUACAAGGCCAAGAAUAACCAGAAAUCAAGUUGUCCAUCCCAUCAUACAAAGAGUCAUAAUCGUUCAUCAUAUCAUAUCUAUCUGCUAAAACUGAAUUCGACACACCUCUAAAAAGGGGAUACACUUCUCUAUACGCCUGUCUAAUUUUAUUCAUCUCUUCUAAUGCCACCCCUCUCUCUAAGGUCAUUCAUACCAAGUGAAUGCCGUCGUCUCCCAGUACCUAGCCAGUUUUUCCAAUUGGUUGUACCAGUACCAACAAACAUGACUACUCGGUCUCUUGCCACACCAGCAAGACCAUCACCAUGGCCUGCUGUAGCGUCCCAGUGAAGACCAGAUGUUACACCGUCUGUUCAGUCAGAUGCAUUUAUGAGCCAAAGAAAUGAUAAUAAGCUUGAUCAAGUUGAUUAGAACUAUAACGGUCACAUUGAAAUUGUACUCACGGCAGCGUCAAUAAUGAUAUCUCGUCCACCGAGGAAGAAUGCGG